AUGGCUGCCGCACGCCGCUGCCUCUUCCUGCUGCUCCUGUCCACCUGUGUGGCUCUGUUGCUGCAGCCACUGCUUGGUGCCUGUGGAGCCCCACUGGAGCCAGUAUACCCAGGGGACAAUGCCACUCCAGAGCAGAUGGCUCAGUACGUGGCUGAGCUCCGCAGAUACAUCAACAUGCUGACCAGGCCUAGGUAUGGGAAAAGAGACAAAGAGGACACCCUGGAAUUCUUGGAAUGGGGCUCCCCUCAUGCAGCUGCUCCCAGGGAGCUCAGCCCGAUGGACUUGUAA